AUGUUCCCGUACAUCGAGUCCCAGCGGUCUAAGCUCGAGGAAAUCGAUGCCAUCGAGUCCAACAUAGCCAAGCGCUUCAAGCGCAACCCCUACCUUCUUCCGGAGAGCCGGCGUCCGUCUCCCGAUAUCCUCACUGCUACCAGAGCCAACAAACGUUCCCAGAAGGAGUCGGUCUUGCAACAACACGAAAUCAAAAGGUUUGUUGAAAAGUACAGCACUCUUCGUGCCAACGUGCUUGGAUUCAAGGAGAAGAACGAGCUCUUUCAAGAGGAAUUGACCCGGAUAUCGGAUCCCAAACUCACUUUCAGCGCAUUCGAUGAGGCCUUAGAACUGAUCAAGCAAAAGCAUGAGCAGGACUCCGCUAGCGGAGUCCUGCUGUUGGCUGCAGAAGAUAUCAACAAAGUGUAUGCUCCAUACUCAGGUGCUCUAUUGGAAGGCAACCCUGCGAAAGUACAGAGAUUGAACACCUUCGAAGACAAGGAAAAAGUACGAGUCAAGAAACGCUACAUUAUCAGUGAAGCAGCUGCUAACAUAGAUGUGGACCAGCUCUUCACUAGUGAGGAGGAAUUCGGAAAGUUCCUUGAUCUUUUGUUCGCCUACGAAUUAUACAAACAACACCUCAACACAGAAAUUGCAUCGUACGUGGAGUUCACUUAUAAACUCAAUAACUACCCGCUGAUGGCCAAGAACGAACAUUUUGACACAUACCUCCAUCAGAUAGUGAAAUAUCUCGAGCAGUUUAUUGUCAAAACGAACCCGUUGCUAGAUACCACGAAAUUGUUAGGAGAUCUUUACAGUACAUUCGAACCCGGUGAUGUUGAAAGCCUGAAAACCCCCACCGACGAAUUGUUCUGUGUAGCCUGUCAGAAGACAUUUACGAAGGCUACGGUAUACGAGGGACAUUUGUCAGGGAAGAAACACAAGAAAAAUGUCGAAAAAUCUAGUCAGAAAUCGGAAAACAACAGGCUCUACUUGCAAUUCCAACUUGAUCAGCUCUUGAAACAUUUGAGCCCAGUGUUAGAUGCUACCAGAAAUAAUGCCACUAGAAAGGAAGGAAUGACAGAAAGGGAGAAAAUGAUUGAAGAAACCGGAAAGGCAGGAGACGAAUCAGAGUACACUACUGUGAACUCUUCGGAUUCGGAGUUUUCUGAUUCUGAUUCUGAUGCAAACAGCGAUGAAGAUGAAUAUGAAAAUUACAAAGAUUUGCCCUUGGGUGCUGAUGGUACUCCAAUUCCUUUCUGGUUGUUCAAACUCCAAGGAUUGAACAAGAGCUAUCAAUGUCAAAUUUGUGGGAAUAUUAGCUACAAAGGUAGAAUGGCCUUUGAUAAGCAUUUUUCAAGUGCCAAGCACCAGCAUGGUUUGAGGUUCUUAGGGAUUACUGACGAGUUUCUACCUUUAUUCAAAAGUAUUGUGGAUAUCGAGGAAGCAAUCGAUCUCUGGAAGAAGAUAAAACGUGACAAGCGAAUUGACGAAGGAGAGGUGGAAAAUGCCGUGGAAGUAGAGGACGAAGAUGGGAAUGUAAUGAGUGAAAAAGACUAUCUAGAGUUAGAGAGACAAGGGCUUUUGUAG